UUUUCUCUCUGCUAACGUAUUACCAACUGAAAGAUCACACUCCAUUUCUUCCUAAAAAAUGAAAUAGCAAGCUUAUUUCAGUUGCAAUGUGGUUUAGAAAGAUUUUACGACGCAACGCUUUUUUAUUAGCAUUUAAAUUCCAAUAAAUUUAUGUUAAAAGAACCAUGAUGUGAAAGUCAAGUUGUACAGCCUGUCUACUUCGUUUUGAGGUACGAGAGGUACGAGAUAGUGAGAGAGAGGGAGAGAGAGCGGUGACAGCUGUCACGUAUCAAGGAAUAUGAUUGAAACAGAUAUCUUCUUAAUAUAAACAAUUCGCUCUAUGCCCCUGGUGACCAAUUAAAAAGUUGACGAACCGUGCGUAGCUUAUUAAGGGUUAAUUACGUUUGCACAGUAUAUAUAAAUAAACGUUGUAAAGGAUGACAAUGGGCGAUGAAACUCCAGUUACAUCACUGGUCCUUCCUGUCAUUUUAAGACCGAUAUUAACGAAGUUGGAGAGGCAAAAUGUGUUGGCUGCUCAAACGUUGCGUACAGCUUUGUUGAAAGCUGAAAACUCUCAUCCAGGGAUUACGCAUGACUUCAUACUCGGUAUAAUACGACGGGCUGAACUUAAUCUUGACAUGAACGAAAGCGUACUCAGAUUGCAAGGAGCAGCUUCUGAUUACGAUGUCGUAGAAUACAGGUCAUCACGGUCCGAGGAUGCUUUCCAAGAAUUAAAUCGCAAAUCGACCUCCUUAAAAAGAAUACUUAGUAGGAUCCCUGAUGAAAUAACAGAUCGUAAAACUUUCCUUGAAACAAUCAAAGAAAUUGCGAGCGCGAUAAAAAAGCUUUUGGACGCGGUGAAUGAAGUUACCGCAUUCAUUCGUGGAUCUGCUGGAAAACAGGCAUUGGACCAAAGGAAAAGAGAGUUCGUGAAAUACAGUAAGAGAUUUAGCAAUACAUUGAAAGAGUAUUUCAAAGAAGGGCAGGCAAAUGCAGUAUUUGUCAGUGCGUUAUAUUUGAUACAUCAGACAAAUAUGAUAAUGCUCACGGUGAAGGAUAAAUGUGAGUAAUGAUACGUUCGAUUGAAAGAUACCUCCGCAGUAAUAAAAUGAUCCACGAUUGCGAAAUUUACAUGAUACUCUAAUUUUAUCCAUUUUGUUGUACUUGAUAAUAGAAUAUAAAUUAUAUACAUACAUAUAUAUAUAUAUAUAUAUAUAAUGUGCGUAGCAUCAUGAUUUCGUAUAUAUUAGAUUGUUAUCAAAUUAUUGUGCAUAUAUACGUACACACAUGAUUUUCGAAAAGAAAUGCGUGCACACGAACGUUACUUCUGAUGCAUCAUGCCAUUGUUUUCUACGGAAAGACAUUUCUCGAGAUGUAUAAGAAAUAAAAAUUACUUUAUUGAUAACAAA